AUGGCGAGCUAUUCCGCACACAGCGUGGACGAAGGCACCAUCGACGACACCGACCCAGCCGACAGCGACAAGACUCCGCUGCUUUCAAGAUGGUGCGCCGAAAAGACGACCCCCACGAACCCCAUGAAGGAGCUUCGCAUCGACAAGCUCGUUAUUAACAUCUCCGUCGGCGAAUCCGGCGAUCGUCUGACGCGGGCGUCCAAGGUCCUCGAGCAGCUCACCGGCCAGACACCGGUUACCUCCAAGGCGCGCUACACCGCCGAGGAGAUCCUCGAGCGCGGCCUCAAGGUGAAGGAGUACGAGCUCAAGCGCGGCAACUUCUCCGAGACCGGCAACUUUGGCUUCGGCAUCCAGGAGCACAUCGACCUGGGCGCCCGCUACGACCCCACGAUCGGUAUCUUCGGCAUGGACUUCUACAUCGUCAUGGGCCGCCCGGGGGCGCGCGUCGCACGGAGGAAGCAGAAGAAGGCGCGGGUGGGCUUCCAGCACAAGAUCCGGAAAGAGGACUCGAUGGCGUGGUUCAAGCAGCGGUUCGAUGGUAUCAUCUUGGCGAAGUAG